AUGAACUGGAAGUAUGGCUUUGCCGUUCAGGAAGGCGAUCGCAAGAGCCUGCAAUUCUUUGAUAAAACAGGAGAAGCGGUUCAUAAAAUUUACCUCACCUCCCAGAGCGAUGAAGCAGCUUACGAUCAACUAGUAACUAAGUACGCUUCACAGGAAACCCUGCCGGAUGUAUUGCCUACAGAAGCUGCAGCUCCUGCUCCUGCCGAGCUGCCCGACGCAGAUAUUGAUGCAGCCUCUUUCCAGAAAGAAUGGCUGGCGCUGGAAGAUACCCACCAUUUCUUCGGCAUGAUACGCAAGUACAAACUGACGCGUACCCAGGCUUUAAGACUGGCGCCGGAAGGCAUGGUACAGGAGUUGUCUGCUGAUGCGUCCCGGAAGAUGUUACAGGGUGCUUCUGAACAGCAAGUACCCAUCAUGGUAUUUGUAGGCAGCAAGGGUUGCAUCCAGAUCCAUACAGGCACGGUAAAUAAGGUGAUGGAAGCUGGUCCGUGGUACAAUGUAAUGGAUCCUGAAUUUAACCUGCACCUGCGUGAAGAUGCGAUUGCAUCCACUUACCUGGUGAAGAAGCCUAGUGUUGAUGGUGUUGUUACUUCGAUUGAAGUAUUUGAUGCUGCGGGUGAAAUGAUCGUUCAGUUCUUUGGCAAACGUAAGCCGGGUAAUCCUGAGCUGGAAGUAUGGCGUGAGCUGGUGGCUACAUUAGCUUCUUAG